AUGUGUCGCAAUUCGGAUAACGGCUGCAUAUGGGCUGCUGCGAUCAGGGAUUGUCGCGAACGUUCGGACACACUCUUUCAUGCAUGCGUUGCAUGUCAGGCGUACCUCUCACAUGGGCCAUCUGAGUCGUUUCUCAAAUUCUACGAACAAUUGCUUACCUCCGUCCAAUCAGAUCUUCACUAUCCUUACCAACAGUUAAACGAUGGUACACUUGGCGCCACCGUUUUGCUGUGUACGAUUGGGAUGUUACAAGGAGUACCGUGGACGAUUCAUCUAAAGGGAAUGAAGGCUAUUUUCGACGUAUAUGAUCAGCUACCCCCUUCAAUCAACCCAGGGCCACUGUUUUCCCACUGCCUAGGUAUAAUGGGAGUUUUCGACCUAGAGCGUCUGAACGUUGGCCGCACCACAACGUGUCUCAAUAUCUGGCAGCGCUAUCGGAAAGAAAAGUUUGGCCGUAGUAACAACGAGAUAGACGGAAUUGAGAUUAUCUCCGGUCUUCCAAGAUCACUAAUUGACGUCUUUGCUGUCGAGGUCAGCGCCUCAGCGGAAGAAGCUCUGUGGCUGUGGCCUGGAUAUGAAGGGUCGAUCACACAAUGCCACCUUUGGGAAUCUUACCGCCUCGCUGGGGUCCUUGAUAUCCGCCACCGACGCAAAGAAAAAAUUGGCAACGAUGUAGAACGGGCAGACCGGCGGAUGUCGAAUGUAAGCAACGACGAUGUCCUCCGUCGAGGUCUCAGCGCAUUGGAUGCGAUCUACAAUGGACGAGAAAUGGCCGCUUAUGUGGUUGACAAGUCACGUCCCAGAAUUCACACGUUGUUCCCUUUAUUUAUAAUGACCCUCGAGGUGAUAUCAGCUCAUCAACACCGGAGCUGGCACCCUCUGCUUGAGAGUUGGAUCACUAUUGAAGCUGCCCUCGAUCAGACGUCGAACACGCGACUGGCAUGGCAGAUCAUUGAGGACAUGAUCGAGAGUUUGAAGAUGGGAUUCCAAUACACGCCUGAUCAAAUUGCAAAAAUGAGAGGUAUCGAAGUCCUCCUGUUAUGA